UCAAAUUCAAAAUCUGUGACAGUCGUGACAGAUUACCUUUGUUUACCUACGUGUCGAGAGAUUAUCAAAAUAAAACAUUAAUUAAAUGCUAUUAAAAAUACAGUUUAACGAUGGAUUCGGCAUAUAAUAACCCUAUAAGGCAAAGAAUAAACAAAAUCUUUGAUAGCCAUAUAGUUUCUGAUAACACCGAUGCUUUACAUUCCGUUUCUGGGUUUUGUUCAUCAAAUUCGGCGUAUACAAGAAGAGUUAUCGUCAAUGAAAUUGAGAAAAGGGAUAUGCUUGUCAACAAAGGUGUAUUAUUGGAAUACACUAAGGUAAAAGAUAAACUACAAGUGCUGUUGAAUUCUCUGUCAUCAUUAGAUAUUGCAGUCAAAGAUAUGUCAUCAAGGUUGUCUGAUUCUAAAAACAAAACUCACCAUUUAAUUACGCAAACUACAAAACUAAAAGAUGAAAGGAAAAAGACAGAGAAAAAGAAGACUUGGGUUGGUGCCUUUGUAAAAAGUUUUCAACUGACGCCUGAACAGAAUGAGUACUUAUUUAAUGUUUCAGUUAAAACGCCACUGACUCAUGAUUUCUUUGGGACACUGUCACAUAUUGAGAAGUUGUAUGAUAACUGUAAAAUACUUAUUAAAUGUUGGCAUCAAACUUCAGCAUUUGACAUCAUGGAGACAGUUGGACUCCAACAAGAAAUUGCUAUAGAAAAACUGUAUCACUGGACUAUUGGAGCCUGCCUGAGUACUGAUUCUCCCAACAAUGUCUUAGUACCUACUGCUUUGGCUAAAUUUCAGAACAGGCAAGUUCUCUUUGCUAAUAUUAUUGAUGAGUACUGUUCAGCUCGCAAAGCUACUAUUGUACAACUAUUUAUUGAUGCGUUAACUAAGGGAACUGAAGGUUCCAAACCAAUUGAGUUUUAUGCAAAUGAUGCUAAAAGGUACAUUGGAGAUAUCCUAACCUGGGUCUAUCAAGUAAUCCCUGUGGAAAAAGAAAAUCUUUCUACUUUAUUUAAAUUUUGUAACAUGCCAGAAAAAAAGCAGCUGAUUAUUGAUGCUUUGACAAAUAUUAUGGAAGCUAUAUGUCCUCUAUUGAAAGUAAGAGCUGAGCUUAUUCUGAAACCUGAUAAGGAUCCCCUUGUUUUGUGGUCCAUAACUAAUCUGAUAAUUUAUUACAAGGAUGUAAUACAAGCUGUUAUUUCAAAUGGUCAUCUAAUUAACACAUUUGAUGAGCUACUGAAAAAGAGUGAAGAUGUUUUUCUUAUUACACUGGAUAGCAAAAUACAGAAGGAACUAAGUCAUGGAGUCAAAGCUCCACCAGUGGAUCUAAACCCCUCAAUUGUAGUCACAGAUUUAGUCAGCUUCCUAAGAGAUCUCCUGGCCAUAAUGAAUGUGUCCCAUAACAUAAAUGUUGCCGACAGGAAAAUCAUAAUCACCCACAUUUUAGACCCCCUAUUACAUGCUAUAAAUGAAACCGCAUGCCAUCUUAGCUCAACUGACAUGUCAGUGUAUAUGUUGAACUGCAUUUAUCACAUCCAGUGCACUCUAUCCCUGUACACAAUAAUGGAUGAAUAUAAUGAGAGGCUCCAAGCACAAUCAGAAGCUCAAAUUGACACCCUGACAUCAGAGCAAGCUAGCUACCUUGUAGCCAAUUUGAACUUAGGGCCAAUCUACACUAUCCUCCAAGAAAAAAUUAGUGGUCCUCUAUCUGCUAUCCCAGGAAUGGAUACCUCGACAUUGAAGAGCUUUUUGAACAAAUUUGACAUGUUUCUAGUGACUCCAGAUGUAUAUAUGUUACAGCAACUAAAUUUGCUUUUGAGCCAUACUCAUAAAUCCUUAGUGAAGAAGCGUGCAUUUGAAGUUAUAUUCGCCAUUUAUACACAACUGUAUGAAGCAGUUCAUGAUCCAGCCAAUGGUUAUGCAGAACCUCAGACCAUUGUUCGCAGAAAACCAGAAGAAGUUAAUAAACUACUUGUAUAAAUAAUAUUA